UUGUUUAUAAUAUACAGUGCUGCAAAAAGCUUCAGGGCAUUUACAUCCUGGGUUUGUCUGCUUCUGACAGGAAAGUUGAACCACCCGCCCAUCUUUGGGACGUGGGUAGGGAACCCGGGAGGGUGCAGGUUUCAACCCGGCUCCCCAGGUCUGCGUGGCCGCAGUUGGAAUAAUGGUCUGCAUCGUAACGAUGGGCGCUGCUCUCCACCGGACCCCCGUGCGCGCGUCCGCCCGACGCGUACGACCCGUGCGCGCGCGCGCCCGGCUAUGUCCCGACGUGCCCCGGGGUUGGAGGCGGGGAGAUUUGAAUUCGCACCAUGACAUUCUGCCGGGGCGGUUGGUGAGCGGCGCCGAGUCUGUCUGUCGCUCGUCUUCUGUGGCCGCAGCCGCGUGAGAAAUGACCUCGAAAAACAUCAUUAGUAGCCGCUUCGGCCUCGGCAAAAACAUCGUGACCAAGCCGGACGGCGAGGCGGAGAAACUCCGCAAGGAAAACGCGCAGUUGAAGAGGUCCCUGGAAGAGCUGAGCAAAGGCCGGACGUGGGAGAGGGAGAGGAACAGGCUCCUGGAGAAAAUUCUAACACUUGAAACCACAAAACAGAAGCAGACCCAAGAACUUGAACAGAGGGAUAAGCAGAUUCUGACAAUGAAAGAUCAACUCUCAAAAUCUGGUGGGAAAGAUGUGAAUUCUCUACGUAACCAGCUUGCAGAAAAAGAUAAAGAUGCCAAAACUAAAGAGCAGCUCUUCAAGUCUUUGAGUGAGGAAACCGAAAACCUGAAAAAUGAAUUGUCUGCAAUCACAUUAAAGUGUAAAGAACUCGAAAUGAAUGCUUCAACAUUUCAAGCCCAGAACCAAACUGCGUCAUCAUAUGAAUUUGGAACUGUUCAAGCUCAACUGAAAGAUGCUCUUGAGAAAAACCAGCAAUGGCUAGUUUAUGACCAACAGCGGGAGGCCUAUGUCAGGGGGCUACUGGCCCGAAUAUUUGAACUGGAGCAGGAAACUAAAAAACAUUGUGAUACCAGCACAGCAAAUCAACUGUCAGAAGAGAAGCAGAAACACUAUGACGAACUUCUUUCAACUGCUAAGCAAAAUUUUGAAGAACAGUGUGAGAUUGCAGAGGGACUAAAGUUGGAACUUUCUGAAUUGAAAAAGUGUUAUGAAGAAAAGAACUUGGAAGUCAAGGCCAUGAGUAUCAAAUUACACACAGAGCAAGGGUGCAACAAAUGGAAGGCUGAUGAAGAAAGGAAAUCCUCAGCUGAGAAGAUCCAGAGACUUCAAACUGACUUGGAGACCUUCAAAGCUCAAUAUGAAGAGGAGAAAAAAAGAUCAGCUGACCUUUUGUAUCAGAUCCAGCUUCUUCAAAGAUCCUCCAUCAACCAGCAGGAAGAACAAUCAAGAAAUAGAAUAAUGGAACAACAGAUGCAGAACAUUUCUUCAGACUUUGAAAACGAAAAACAUGAACGUCAAAAUCUGCAACAUGAAUUGCACAAAGUCUUGAAAGAAUUGCGGAAGGCACGAGAGCAAAUUGCAAGACUUGAGAAUACUCAAAUAGAACACAAAUGCCUCCUGGAGCCAGGGUUGAACAGAAACAGUGAGAGUGAAGAGAAAUCAAGUUUCCCAAGAUCUAAAAAUCAUCUUAAUGACAGUUUCUUGGAAUGCCCCAAGUGCAAAGCUCAGUACCCCACCAGUCAGCACCGAGACCUGCUGGAACAUGUUGACUUUUGCAAUUAUUAAAUUCUGAUUUCUUUUUUUUCCUCCCCCCUUCUCUCUCUCUCCCCCUUUCUUUCUUCACUUGCACUCUCAAAGCUUGCAAUCCUAAAGUUUUGCAGUGGGGAAAUAAUUCAAUUGGGACUGUAUUUGAGUUUGAUCUUUAGAAUAGAUGCAAAAAUGUCGAGUUCCUAGGGAUUGUUUAGCAUAUCGUUCUUGCCAUGGUAUUUAUGAUCUUGACUUUUUGAAUUGGAUCUCCCUUUUUGAAAUGUUCUUUGUAUUAAUCAAGUGGCAAAUACUAAUAGCAUAUCAUGCCUAAAAUUAACUUUACUAAAACAAUGUCAGGUAAUUUUAAACUCUUGAACACAUUUUUAGGUUUGCUCGUGUAUUCUUGUGAUCUCAAGGCCUCUGUCCUGGGAGUCUGUAAUCUUGAAUGGCAGCCAGUUCUGUAGUUGGUAAUGGAUUUUUUCUCACUGCUAGAGUUUGCUUUACUGAAUGAUUAAGCACUCCUAAACUCUGCCAUUCAUUAUGUUCCUCAGCAGGGCAAAGAGGCAUUAAGAUUUGCUUUCCUCCCUCCCCCACCCCCCCAACAUUUGCUAAUUGAUUUGCACAUGAAAGCUAUACUGUGAAAGAAUUCACAAUACUUGCAUUUAGCAUGUUUACUAAAAUCUUGUUUGUGCAUUGUUUUUCUACUUGGGCAUAUAAUGUUUUGAUACAUGAAAUGUAUUACUGCUCUUGAUAGUUUAUUGUAACUUGAAGCUGCAAUUGUUUUGCUCCAUAAACCUAUUUAAUUUUAAUUAUUUUCUUAAUUGCAUUGACUUCCCUCACAGUUCCACUCUGCAACGUCUGACCAAAGAAAAUAACCAGAGAAGCCUUAAAUCCUGCUGCCUUUAUUGUUUAAUGGCUACUACAGAGCCUGGAUAAUGCAAUGUGUUUGUUUGGCACUUUGGUCAACAUUAUUUGGUUGAAUUACAAUCAAAGUCAUUUAUUAAAAAGGUUUAAGAGUUUGUACCUCUUAGUUAAUUAUUGCAUGCAGUUGGAUUAAUGAAAGUUCUAAAAGUCAACUGACAUUUGGACACAGCUAACAAGCUUUCAUUAACUUUUUGUUCAAUUAAUUUUGUUGGAAUGAAUAUUGGAUUGCCAAAUGCAAUUGUUUCGGAUAUGUGGUUUUAUUGCAAGAAGCACUGGGAAAACUUACUGUAGCUAGAUUCAAGUUACUGCAGGAUAUUGGGACAGAAUACUGAAUAAAUGCUACUGUUGAAAAUAUUAUAAUAAUUAUUACAGAACAAUUUAAAGUUCUUUGCUUUUUAGAAUGUUUAUUUAUGCUCAUUUUAAAUUAAAAUAUAAACAUACAAUCCUUCAGGUAAAUGGCACGUGGAAAAUGAAUGUCUAUAACUAUCUCUUAAAAUACUCAUUUUUGUCCUCAAUGCUUCUCUGUUCAGAAUUGUAUUAUACAAGAAAAUAAUGUUCUAGUUCGCAUUGUACUUUAAGCCUAAAAUAGGUAAAAGGUAGGUUAAUUACAGGUUCAACUUCCAUCCAUGUGUAUACUAUAGAACCUGACCAGGAACAACAAUGGUUUCCUUCCAAAUUGGUGAAUGUUUACUUCAGUAAUUUUACAAGUAUUUUUUAUAGAUCUGCAUUUAAUAUUGUAAUAGACCAUCUACUUGCAAUUUGGGUAAUAGGAUGUCAGUCAAUUCCUAAAGUUAUAGUAUUCUUGAACCAGAUAUAACAAAUGGCUUGGUAUUGCUUUCUUGCACAAUAUUAUUGGGAAGCACCUGGACCGGGAUGCACUCCACUAAGCAGCUCAGAUAAUCAAAUGGGGAGAUAUUGCAGGUGUGAUUUGUAAUUUUCUAAUGCACUGUAAUGACCCACUUUAUUCUUCCCCACCCCUCCAAAACAUUGCCAGAUACCUCUGUAAAGCUUCACCUUCCAAGGUCAGCUAUAUGUGAAUAUAGUGCAAGUAAAUUAGUUUGAAUUUGUGGUUAAAUUUUUGAAUACUGACAUUUGAGUUCAACCAAUUAUCUCCAGAAAUUAAGUAUUUUUGCAAAACUUGAAUUGUAUAGAUGAAGUCAGAAUGCGUUGUACAAAGUUUUAUUUUCUACUUUUUAGCUUUUUGCCUAUUUUUAUAACCACAUGCACAUGGAGUGGUAAUAGAUUCACCCUAUUUGGUUUCAUUAGUUACAAUAGUGAACAUUGUCAGUCCAUUUUUAUGUAACUUUUUAAAUAAACAUCAA